CCUGUUGAAAAUGUGAGAAUGAUCAGCCCGCCCAACCAUGCUUAAAUUUUUCUAUGGAUAGCCGCUCUGCACUCGAUGAUGGAAACAAGUGGCACUCCACUCAUAAGAUAUAUGGUACUCGCUCGGAGCUCCAUACGGCUAGGGCGGCUAGUGAGGGACGCAUGGAGUCUCUCCCUGUGCCGAGCGUUCAGGCAAUGGUGGCGGCCACCGGUGGAGCCCAUGUGCCGCCAAGGUAUCUCCGGCCAGAGGUGGCCGCAGAUGCUGUGGCUAGCGACGGCGAGGCCGCGAUACCCAUCAUUGACUUUGAGAGGCUGCUGCUUCAUCACCCGGAGGAGGAGGAGGCUUGUCGCGGUGAAUCUGCACGCCUCCAUGCGGCCUGCCAGGAGUGGGGCUUCUUCCAGCUCAUAAACCACGGAGUUCCGGAUGACGUAAUCGAGGGGAUGAAGGCGAACAUUGAAGCAUUCUUUGGGUUGCCUGCAGAGACGAAGCAGCAGUUUGCUCAGGAACGAGGCCAGCUGGAGGGUUACGGUCAGCUGUUCGUGGUGUCGGAGGAUCAGAAGCUGGACUGGGCUGACAUCCUCUACCUGAAUACGCAGCCGCCGGAGCACCGGAACAUGAGAUUCUGGCCUGACAAGCCCGAUACCUUGAGGUCGGCACUGGACGCGUAUUCGGCUGCCGUGAAGACUGUAGCGGAUCGCCUUCUGGGUAUCAUGUCCAUCAGCCUUGGGCUGCCACCGGAGGUGAUUGCUAGCAAAUGCGGCGGCGGCGGCGGCGGAAUACAGUCGGUGAGGAUGAACUACUAUCCUCCCUGCGCCGAGGCGGGCAAGGUUCUGGGCUUCUCGCCACACUCGGACGCUGAUCUCCUCACCCUCGUCCUGCAAGUGAACCAGGUCCAAGGUCUGCAGGUAAAGCGCCAAGAUGGCAGCUGGGUUCCCGUGCGGCCUCUGGAGGGCGCUUUUGUUGUCAACGUUGGAGACAUUCUUCAGAUCUUCACCAACGGAAGGUACCGGAGCGUAGAGCACCGUGCCGUGAUCAACGCGGAGAGAGCCCGCCUGUCCGUUGCAGCAUUCCACUCGCCCAGCAUCCAUGCCACGAUUGGCCCUCUUCUGACAGACCAGGAGCCCAUGUACAAGACGGUGGACCACCAGAGCUUCAUGAGGCUCUUCUUCUCCGCCAAGCUGGAGGGCAAGAGCUUUUUGCAACGGAUGAAGCUCAAUCUAGACACAGCUAGCACCACCACCACCAACUGAGUACUGCCGCAUUUUCUUCUCUGUUGCAUUGCUUGCUACAAAUUAAACACAUGCCGUCAUUGCAUUGGGUCUGUCUCUGUCGUCAACAUUACAAUUUACAUGCUGUGCACAACAAGCUAAGACAUCUCAA